AUGAUUUAUAAGGAUCGAUUAACACCCCCAAAUAAUUGGCCACCAUUAGUUCGCUACCCAAAUUAUUAUUCUGAUCGUCGUUUAAGUCUUCUUUGGUUUCUUGCAUUCGCUGCUAUUUCAUUACUUAUAAGUGUAAUUGCAUUAAUUAUUGUUUUUGCCGUUGAACAUUCUUGGUUUCGUGAUAAUUUUAACGGAAGUUUAACUCAAUAUGGCCUUUGGCGUGUAUGUUUUACAACAAAUAAUACAUGUGCAAGUUGGUUUAUGGGUAGUGGAACUUAUGCUAACUUGGUUGAACAACGUCUUAAUCAAUCGAAAGCGGGUAUUAAUGCAUGGCAAGCACUUGAAAUUAUUUUCCUAUUUUUAAUCACAGCAACACUGAUUAUUACUGUUUGCUCUAUUAUUUGUUAUCGAAUGCGUAAUAAUUUUCAUUAUUAUUUGGCAAUUUUAGCAGUUUUUUGUGCUUGGCCUGCAGCAUGUAUUGGUAUUGCAGCAUUAUUCGUCUUUGGUUUUGCUGUAUAUAAUGUUGCAGCACAACCACGUGAACUUGAUUGGUGUUUUUAUUUAAAUUUAGUAGCUGUUAUAUUUGCAGUUAUUGCAGCUAUACUUUUAUCUAUUUAUGAUUCACUCUUAAAAAAACCAUUGAAAACUGUUGAUGAUGAAGCAGUUAUUGAAACAUUUGCGGAUCUUAAUGGCUAUCCAGCAACAUUAAGUCCAUCAACAUUUGUUAUUGUUCGACGUAAUAAAAAUAAAAGAAAUAAACCAUAUGACUAUUCCCAAACACUUUAUCCAAGUCGUUAUUUUCCAACACCAUCAACAACAACAACAACUGAUAGAAUAAUUCGAAAUGAUCGUAUUCAUACAGAUCAAACAUUAAAUCAUAACCAUCAAAUGCUAUCACCUUAUACAUCCAUUAUUACUACUCAUGAAACUAAUAUGCAACCAACACCAUCAACAUCAUAUAGAAAUUUUGAAUAUAAUCCUCCUAAUAUUGCAGUAUCACCAUCAACAACAACAAUUGCACAACAAUCGUCUGUUCCAGUUUCAACACAAUCUUAUCGAAGACCAUUAACAGGUUAUCCAUAUCAAUCAUCUGCAUCUCCAUCAGAUUUUAAUCGAUUAGGAACACGUAUAACCGAUCAAUCACUUAAUUAUACUACAGAAUUUGGUAAUGAUUAUACUCAACGUAAUUUUCUAAAUCCAAUUCGAUCAAAUAAUAUAGAUCGAACAUUUGAACAAAAACAAGAACCACGUGUAUUACAUUAUUAUACUGGCUAUGAUUAUUUCGCUACUCUUGACCCAUCGGAAACUGUUGCGACUAGACAUCAUCCAUCAACAUCAGGACCUGGUUUAGCAAUAAGAUAUGGUGUCAAUCCUUCUUAUCAACAUCAAAAUGACUAUAUAAAAAGUACUAUGUAA